UGGCUAUUCGAUGGUUUCUAGUCGCUAACUGUGUCGUGCAGGAUCGCAGCAGCAACAAAAGAAGAAAGAAUUUUCCCUUAACGGGAAAUUAUCAAUUCAAUUAGGAUUGUUGUUCAUCUAUUUCACCUCCGCUAGAUUCCUUAGAACAAACCCAUCGAGAUCAAUUGUAAAGAUGGCGCAAAUUUCAGCCAGCGAAAAGCCGCAGAUGCAGCAGAUCGAUCUCAACACCCUCAAUUUGCAACAAUUGACUCAGCUGAAAAAUCAACUAGAUCAGGAACUGAAUCUGUUUCAAGAUUCUCUCAAUAGUAUCAAAAUGGCUAGAUCGAAAUACUCGGCAUCGAAAGAAGCACUGGAAAAGUUUAAAGCCGAUUGGAACGAUAAACAAAUACUGGUGCCCCUGACAGGAAGCAUGUACGUCCCGGGUACGAUAAAGGAUGCUAACAAUGUCAUCAUUGAAGUUGGAACUGGAUAUUACGUAGAAAAUGAUCUCGAGAGUGCGAAGGCCUUCUUCAAACGGCGCGUUGAGUACGUGCAGGAACAGUUGGAAAAAAUUGAAUCCAUCGGGAUUGAGAAAUCCAAAAUUCGCGAAGCGAUCCGUGAGGUUAUGGAGAUGAAGCUGGCUUUAUUCAGUAAAGAAAUGCAAAAGAAGCGUGAGGCAGAAUCAUAGAUAAAACUCGUUUGUUAGCUCCGCUUUAUGGAAAACGGUUUAUUAUACCUCAGAAAAAAUAGUAAAACCACGUCACCAAUCGUCUAUUCAUAACAGAGGCAACCAAAGGCUGAUCGUUUCUCCCCGGAAAGCCGGUUCGUAUCUUCGUCGGAUCAUUAAUUACA